AUGGAGGACGACCCACACCAGUAUCGCCAUUCCCCUAGGCGAAAUCCCGACCAAUCCUCCGACAACUUUGCUGCUCCACAAUAUGCCGCAGGCAAGGUACACCUGUUUGUGCUGAACUAUAGCGAGUAUCUGGGGAAAAUCGACACGGUUGACGACAUGGCUAUAUCAGUGGUGGUUCCAAAGAACUUGCUGGACCAGGGCCUGAUAGCAGGACUGGAAGUGUCACUGGUAGCAGGACCAGCUCCGUUGGACGUUCAGAGAGGCAAUCAUGAUAGCAGUCGGGAGGCCGACUACAGUUAUAGUACAAACUUGGGAGGAACAGUCCCACCCAGACUGCCCCGAAGACCUCGCUCAGAGAUAAGUCAGGCUUACCUGAGCGACUUAGCCUAUGAGUUGGACCGAUUCCAAGGGUCGCAAGGUGCCCCUCCGGCUUCAUCAACUCCACCAUCCGUGGCUGGACAGACACGAACUAAAGGACACCGUCGUACCAACACGGACGACAUGGAUCGAGGCCCUCCCCCACCCAGUCACCGACGUACAAUGACGGAGGAUCUUGACAAAGUGAUGGCAACUGCUCGUGCCGAGGUGGAAAGCGAUACCCCUUCUCCUCGACGUGGGAAAGCGUUGCGCCUGCCUCAGAGACCGGCAAAUGUUGUCAAAACUCAUCCACAGGUGGUAUCAUCUUCAACUCACCCCCAAUCGGUAAACCUUGGCCGACUGGCUACCGACACAGAAGCUACUUUGGAACACCGUCGGCAAACCAAGCACCGGUCAGUUCCCCUGACUGGAUCUUUACCACCACGUCCUCUGGCGGAGCAAGUUGAAAGAGCACGGGAUGAACUGCAACGAUUUUCUAAAACUGACUCAUUUGGCAUUGAGGAGAUUACCGAUUUCAGUCUGAGCAACCGGGAUGAGGAUGACAAUGCCCUGAUUGAUACUGGUGGGAAUAAGGACGAGUUUGUUGCUCCGCCCAUAAUUCCCAGUGAAACCAGUGAGCGUAUACAGCAAGUACUGUCUCAGACCCGUGUCAAGCCCGUAACCAGUAGAACCCCAGUUCCUCAACUGCGUGCCCCGCAACCUCCCGUGAAUACUGCCGCUGCUGAUGCUGAUGAUGACGAUGAAUACUACGACAUUGGGGAGCCUGUAUUCAUUCACAACCCGAAGCCUCAGCGCAAGAGUACGCGGGGUAAGAAGUCCAAGAAAAAGAAUGAGCUUAAACCAUUCAGCUACACGACUCUUGUAAACCUCCUCGAAAGUGUCAAUGGGACAAUUAUUGGAGAGGAGUUUGCCAAACUUAAUUUACCUGUCAGGGAGAAACAACUUAUCGAGAAAAUUAUUGAUCUGUUACUGCGCUUAACUCUGGAUAUGGUCAUCGAUGAACAAAGAUAUGAUGUGGGCAUUAAGCGUUUGGAAAAGGCUUUGCGAGCUUUGGAAGGUUUCAUGUAG